AUGUGGUUCUACCCUUGGACAGCUCAGGCAAGGCCCUUGUCGGUCGCGUUAACGUGUUCAGGGGUGCUUUGCCAGCCUCGACCAGUUCGUAACCCGCCAUUCUGCCGGUACCCGCUAGUGUUUGGACGCCAGCAAGCCAAUCGCACCUCCGAGAGGGGAGCACCAUGGCGCUCGGCACCGGAUGCAGUGGCGACGGCAGCGGAUUCUUUCGUAAACCCACCGGAAGUGCAGGCUUCAUCGGGCGAUGGAGAGUACUCGAAAGCGUCUCUCAGCCCUGAGGAGCAGCUUUUCGUGGUCUGCCGUGUUCUGGAAACCAUCUGGCCUGGUUGUAUCAGCACGCGAAGGCAUGAUGAGUGGGUGACAGUGAUCAGCUGUGAUCGCCGCCGUCCUUGGCUGAUAACCACAGGCUGUGUUUCUCCACUGCCUGAUCAACCUGUCAUAACCUCUGCCAGGAUGAAAUGGACAGAAUUAGGGGUGCUGUGA